AUGGAUGAGGAACUUGAGGCUCUUCAUAAAAAUCAGACUUGGCAACUUGUUCCUCGCACUUCUAACAUGCAUGUUAUUGGUUCUAAAUGGGUGCUCAAGCCAAAACUCAAACCAGAUGGCUCACUAGAUCGUCUCAAAGCUCGAGUUGUAGUAAAGGGGUAUCAUCAAGUUGAUGGGUUGGACUACACCGAGACCUUUUCUCCAGUAAUCAAACCUGAAACUAUCUAUGAUAUACUUCUCACAGGAUCCUCUACUGCUCUUGUUACAACCUUCAUUCAGCUUCUGAGUUUUGAAUUUGCGAUGAAGGACUUAGGACCAGUUCAUCACUUUCUUGGGAUCGAGAUCCCUCAAACACCUGCUGGCCUCCACCUGUCCCAGUGA